AUGCGCCCAUCGCAUCCAAUCGGCGGCUUGGGGCUGGUUUGGAAUGUCCACGGAAAAGGCGCGGCGAUCGACCUACUUCCUGCAAAAGCGUCGCCCAAAAACGGCCCCAAAGGCCCCAAUGCCACUCGGCUCCCACUUUCGCUCUCUCGCUCGUUGCUCAGCCACGCUCGUCUCUCAUCCGACGAUCCACAUCCCCUUUCCUUCUCUCCCCUCAUCAUCGUCUCGUCGGCCACAAGGCGCAACCAUCCGCACACAACCAUCCGAGCGUCGCCCUUCCAUCCCCAGACUCACACGCCCACUCCAUUCUCAACCCUCGACACUCGGUGCCUGGGAAUCCUGCAUCCAUCGUCGCCCAACUUCAUCAAUCCGCUUCGUGGCGCUACUCGGGUCGGUACUUCCUCCUACAGGCCUCCAGAGCCGCCUUUCAUUCGACCUACGCGACGCUCGUGGGAGUUGGAGUUUCAACUCGACCUCGCUCCUCCCCACGUUGGUUGUCGUCGUCGCUCGCGCCCGCCACCCGUUCCGGCCCCGCGUAUCAUGAUGGCCUCCAACCACUACCCCAGUUCGCGUCAGCACUCGCACCUCCCGCCCCACCUCAACCACCUCCCGCCCCUCGAGCCCUCGGCAGAACGUCACCAUGGAUACCACUACAACCCCGCACGCAGGGGCUCCACAGACCCCAUCCUCCACGCUUCCCUCGCCGCAUCGGCAAGCGCAAACGCCGGUUUCGCUCAUCCGCACGCCCACGGCGCAGGCUCCAGCUCCUCCUUAGCCAGCCCCAGCCUCUUUGACGCGCCCCGACGUCGCAGCAUCCAGAUCGAGCCCACCGUCCCCUCGGGCCACGCAAGCCCCUUUGCAAGCCCAGGCCACUCGGCGCUCCACUCGUCGCGCUUCAUGAGCCAGAACAACAGUCCAACGCCGCUCGUCCACUCGCACGGCGCCGCUGCUGCUGCGGGCGCCGACGACCACCACCACGCCGCCUCGUCCAGCGCCAGUUCGAAUCUGCCACCGCACCAUGCCUCGCACGACUCGUCCGACGCGCCGCGCCACGGCCAGAUCCAGUCCAACUAUCAGUUUGGCAGCUAUCCGCCGCCGCCCAAUCCGGACUAUCGCAUGGAGGACAAGCAGACGCAUCCGCGCAUACCGCAUCUCAGUGCUCCGGACGGCGAGGGUGGUGGAGCGAUGAUCGAGGGCGGCGGAUUGCUGUCUGAAUCGCGCCGUGGGAGUGCGUCGAGUCUGGGUGCGAACAAGCAUCUGCUGGUGGACAAGGACGCCAAACCGUACUCGCGCUCGCCCGAGCUGCGCGUGAGCCACAAGCUCGCCGAGCGCAAGCGCAGGAAGGAGAUGAAGGAGCUGUUUGACGAUCUGCGCGACCAGCUGCCCGUGGACAAGGGACCCAAGACGUCCAAGUGGGAGAUCCUCAGCAAGGCCGUGGAGCAUAUUGCACAGCUCGCACAGGAUAAGGACGAUCUGGCCGCCGAGAACGACAGGCUGCGUGCACAGCUCGCGCAUGCAAGGGGUGGCCCGCCCACCGAAGUUAGGGCGAGCAUCAACGGUCACCGAACAGAGUACGACCAUGCACCGCGAUAG